GUUCUUAUAAAAGAUCCAAGCAAAUAUUUUUCAGGUCUUGGUUUUUACCUGCUGACAUUCAUUUAAAGUUUACUGACCAGCUUGAGUCUGAGGCUGACCAAGAGUUGGUUUUCGCAUCUUUUCAACUUGCCAAAUCAGUUUGUGCUCUUGGUUACAAGUUUCUGCUAGGUGAACAAGGACAAUUUUUCGCCGGAUGUCCUGACCUGCUGAUAUCGAGCAUAAAAAAGACUUUUGUGUAUUUGUAAAUAUUUAUUAGAAUAACAUCAGAGAGAUUGAUAGUCAGUUUGCAAUAUGUUAUUACUAGAGGUAUUGCAGUUACUUUGGACAGCACACUCUCACUGAGAUAUUUACUUGAGAUUCUACCUUCACUUCUUAAGACUAGCUUUUUCUGUCUACUUCAGGGGAGGUUUAGCCCCUGGACUGGCACCCUUGUACUAUGAAUGCUUCUAUAUUUGAUUGAUGGAAAUGCAACCUAAACACCAUAGCAUGAAUGCCAAUCGAAAUUUUCCAUGGUAUUAGUCCAACUUGGCGUGUUCCAUGAUCAAACCGUAUGUUUGAUGAAUCUUUUACUCAAUACGUCCCUUGACAGCAAAUGUGGAAAACUCCUGGUUAGGAUCAUUUUCUAAAUGAGUUACUAUUGCAGAAAUGAACUCUUCUAGAUAAUAGACUUAGCAUGAGAGCUACACCUGCAGCAGCUAGAAAUGACUUUGAGCUGUUCUUGAGCACUAGGGAGUGAGGGUUGCCUGUUUGUUGAAGCAUAAAUUAUCUGUUUUGUGAGAAAGCAAAAUCAUAGCAUUGAUGCAUUUUCUUUUUCUUCAAAUCCGUGGGGUUGGAACUGUUUGAAGUACCACAAGAAGCUAUUGAAUGAGGUCUUGGCCUUGGUGAUUGCUACAAUAAUGUACUUUUUCACUGCACAUCAUAUGGAAUGAUUUCGUGCUGCAUGAGACUUUCUUUACAAAAAGCAUGAUUAUGAUGGUUCAGUUAGCCAAUCACCUUUUCUCAAGGCUGUUAUCGGGCCAGGUCUUUAAGGUUUCAUUUAUUCCUGUAGGUGCCUGGAUAUCAGAGGUUAUGUAUACUCGUGCUCGUUGAUUGCACGGUGGAUUAACUUCAACAAAACUACAAAUAGAAUUUUACUUGAACAAGCAUCCAGUACUUGCAAAACUGUUACAUGCAUAGAAUUCGUCUUCCUUUCAGUUUCAUCGACCUAAUCCAUUUAACUUCGGAUCCUUCUUUAGGGUUUUUUGCCCAGAAAAGGUUUUGAGGCCCCCAUUAAUUCCUUCCGUCUCUUUGUAUUUGGGUAUGCGAGUGUAGACUUUCAUAUCAUCUCUGACUUUCUCUUUUUAGAGGAAGCAUAUGAAGCAGGGAUUUGAUUGGCACAAGGAAUAAUGCAAGUUGGAGAGAGGUAGAAUCUAAUCAAGUGCAAGUGUUUGGCCACCUAUCUUGAGCUUUAUUCAUACAUGCUAGAUUACAAACAUUGACAAAGAUUGUGAUGAUAAGACGCUGAUGAAUCUGGAGGAGGGAGCUUUUUCGAAGUCAAAGACAACAUAAACUGUGAUGCUGCGAAUUGGAAGAGAGAUUGAUGCAGAAGAAUCCUAUUCCUUGAGAAUGAGUUAUUUUGCACACACUUUCCUCCUUCCAUCUCCAAGCUGCAAAGGAACAAGAGGAGAAGGAAGAAUGGGAGCCGAUGCGCAUGCCAAGCUGAGGCUUGCUAUCGGUUUUGUCAAAGACCAUGCUUCAGUUGGCAAAGCCAUAUUAAACAAGAAAAGUGGGUUGUCCGAGAUUGAAAUUGCUAUAAUUCGUGCAACUGGUCAUGAUAAUAGUCCAGUAGAUGACAAGCACAUGCACGAGAUCCUCUUUCUUGUAUCGAACUCGCCGGAUUCAAUCUUGUUUCUUGCCGAACGGAUUUCUCGACGCCUCAAUAGGACGAGAGACCGCCAUGUAGCGCUCAAGGCACUCAUGUUGACCCACCGUCUCCUUCGUGGAGGCAACCAUGGCUUCGAGCGUCAGCUGCGUAGCGCGCACUUUUCGGGCCAUCUCCAGAUGAGUCCUGGCUGGUGGUUCUCGAGAAGCUCCGAUCCCCUGGUUUGCUUUCUUCACAAGUAUGCGGCUUAUCUCAAUGAAAGAAUGGGGUGGAUCAUAAACCCCGGUGGGAAGCUCGAACCGUUUAAGGCUCCAGGUUUGGAUUUCGGGUGUUACAGAGAAAGAUCAUUAGAAUUGGUAUUUCACAGAUUACCAAAGUGUCAAUUAUUUAUCGACAAGGUCCUGGAAUGUUCACCUUAUGAUGAUUUGCCCUCAGAUAGGCUGGCUCAAGCAGCUAUAUGCAACACUUUGAAAGAGAGCUUUCAAGUUUAUACGGCGUUCUGUGAAGGCGUGGCGGCUCUCAUGAACAUGUUCUUCGACUUGACCCCACCAGCAAGAGUCAUAGCUUGUGACAUACUCAAAAAGGCAUCUCAGCAGAGUGUACAACUUCAAGAAUUGUACGGAAAAUGCAGACGGACGAUAAGAAUCAGGAACUUGGAGUACCCUUCGGUCAAAGUCAUGACCCUGGACCAUGUCAAGGCAUUGGAGGAAUGCUUAAGCAAUAUCCCCUCUGGAGUUUGCAAUUCUCUAAAGAGUACGUCGAUUUCCAAACGACUUCUGCAUUCGGGUUUGGAUAAAUUCGACGAUGUGAGGGUGAAGAUGGAGUGGAAAGAAAGGGAGGAUGCUAGGUUAAAAAAGGGUCUGUCUUAUUCAUCUGCUACUUUUGUUUCCUGGACGAUGGAGACAAAAAUAAGCAAUGUAUGGGUAGUAUUUGAAGAUGAAGAUACUACGGAUUCAUCUUGAGAUUAAUGAGAUCAAUAUUUGUCUUUAAA